CUCAUUAUCAUUACCAUAAACAAACUAGUCAUCUAUUGCAUUGUCACACUAACAAUGGAGGUCACAAAACUAUUUUUCAUCACCUCGACACUAUCUUUCUUGUUCCUCGCUGCUUAUUCCGCUCCCACCCCAAGUCGGCUCAUCCCUGUCAAAUCCACCUACUUCCUUCCGACCGAAAACAUGGCCCCGUCUGAUAUCAACGCCGAGUGCUUCACCCACAUCUUCUUCGCCUUCCUCGUCCCCAACAACACCACUUUCACUUUCGACAUCACUCCCGACCUCGACCACUCCCUCCAAGACUUCACGUCGACCCUCAAGGCCAAGAAUCCCCAGCUGAGGGUUCUCUUCUCCAUCGGAGGCGGGGACAUCGGGCCAUCACUCUUCUCGUACAUGGCCUCCAAUCCAGACACCCGUUCGGCCUUCAUUAAGUCGAGCAUAGAUGUCGCGCGCAAGUACGGGUUCGACGGGUUCGACCUCGACUACGAGUUCCCGCAGAACGCGUCGGACAUGGCGAACCUCGGCCAACUCCUAAAGGAGUGGCGUGCGGCGGUCAAGCACGAGAAGCGUGCGGCGGUCAAGCCCGAGAAGCGUGCGUCCGGCAAAAAAAAGCAAGAGACUCUCCUCAUCACCGCCGCCGUGUACUACGCGGCCGACAUAUCUCUGUCCGGGCCCCCACGGAGCUAUCCGGCGGCCCAGAUCACCAAGUACCUCGAUUGGGUGAACAUGAUGGACUAUGACCUCAAGGGGUCGUGGGACACGAGCGCCACGGGGGAACACGCGCAGCUGUACGACGCGACGGGGGGCAACCUGAGCGUGAGCUACGGGGUCGACUCGUGGAUACAGGCCGGGGUGCCGCCCCAUAUGCUGGUGAUGGGGCUCCCGUUGUAUGGGAAGACGUGGGAGCUCAAGAGCAACAAAGUGUUCGAGAUUGGGGCGCCUGCAGUGGGCGUGGGGCCCGGGGCUGACGGCAUCAUGACUUACAGCGAGGUGGUGGAUUUCAUCAAGAAGAAGAAGAAGAAGGUCAAGGUGUACUACGACAACAUAACCGUGUCAAUGUAUGCAGUGGCGAGUAAGGAUUGGAUCGGGUAUGACGAUGUCCCAUCGGUUACCGCGAAGCUUCAGUACGCCCUGGAUAAGAAAUUGCGCGGCUACUUCUUUUGGACUAUCCCUGACGACGACAAAAACUGGACUAUAUCCUGCACCGCUUCGAAUUUAUGGACUGGCUAGUUGUAUCCUGAGAUUGCCAGAUUCUUCUGGUUACGUUUCUUCACAUCUUCAGUCUACCUUCAGUUGUUCCCAAGCAAGAAAUAAAUAAAUCAAUAAAAUGUAAUAGUUGUGUUUUUCUCCCUUCAGGACCCUCUCUCUAUCCCUACGGCUUGUCUCUGUAACCUUAAUCUCCGUUCCUAGUACUUUCCUUUCGCUAAUGAAGAUCCUUGUGCUGUUUCUCUUUCACGUGAUUUUCUGAAAUAAGGCGUCUUCAUAUCAUUGAUGUAGUAUCAAUUUAUCAUAGUAUUAUCCAUUAGUGAAAGUACUUUCUUAUGAGUAACACACACACACGGGACACAGCUAAAAUGACAUAUUAGUCUUAUCCUUUGUUCCACAGAAAAUGAAACAACGAAAUUGUUACACUCGUCAC